GGGCCCACGGGGGAUGUUCAGACUAAAGCUGCAGGAGAAGAACAGCUGUGACAAUUUGUUUAUAUUUAUUAGAGGACAACUUCAUACUACAUCAAACUACUCCUUUUCUUUUUUCUGGGGCAGUGUUAUUUUUUGUCCUGUUCUCUCUGAGGAGUUUCCAGCUGUAUAGGGUUGUAGUGGUUGGCAGGAUCCGUGACCCAGUUAAAUAUGGACUGAGAACAGGAAACAGAAGAGGAAUGAAUGGCGGAUUCGGAGCUCUACUGACUUUUUAGCUGGGGCACUUUUCUGGCCACACCUCUGCUGGUGCUUUGAAUGGCUUCAAGCUCUUUCUCUCCAUAUUGAUCAGUGCUCUCUCUCUUUUCUAAACCCUUUGCUGUGUGUAAUGAGAGCGCUGGUCAUGGACAGAUGAUGGACGUGGAGACGUCGUACUCAGACUUCAUCAACUGUGAUCGCACAGGCCGCAGGAACGCAGUGCCCGACAUUGAAGGGAAGGGAAAAGGAGCGGCCAGCACUAGUGAACUCACCAAAGACCUGGCAGGGAUGGACCUCAAGGCUGCAGGAGGCGACCCGGGGGCCUCCCCAGCCCCUGAGGCCGAGGGCUCCACCAGCCAAGACGCCCAGGGAGGGGGAGGCCCGUCCUAAACUCAGCCAGAGACCAAAAGGGCGGCAAAGCCAAGGAAUUGAAAAGUAAAGAAGGAAGCGAGAGAAAAGAAAAGAAAGAGUGUAUAUUGGUUGUCCUAUGUGGACACGAGGACACCUUCGCUCACUGCCAGCCUGUUUGGAGCUCCAGCGGCCCCAAAUGUUCGCCUUUCAUUGGAUCCGAUUGUAACACGCGGAGCAGAGCAGAAAAACAGCUGACUAUUGAGAUGCUGCUCUUUUGCUUCAUUCUCUGCUGGUCAUUUAUAUUCCCGGGGGAGGAGACGAGAAAGCACAUAAACUUUGGAUUUAUCUCUGUGGAGUUGCUGAACAGAAUCCAUUUAUAAAAAAAAAAUUAAAAAAACGUUGUUCCAGCCCGGUAUGGAACUGAGUCAUGGAUAAUCAUAAUCAUCUGUUUGUCAUUUUCUUUCUAUGUAUGCGUGUGUGUUUGUGACCCUCUUGUUCAAUUACACCGCAAGUCCCUUUCUUUUUCUGAGUAACGAAACAUAGUCGCCAUUAUACUGUCAUGUACAGACUUCAUAUUUAUUGCUUAAUGUUCAGUGAUAACUUUGUGAUAGCAAUUUUCUUUGUGUAAUAAAAUACUUAUGAAUUACUGUAA